AUGGCCGAUCGGAGAGAUAUCAGUGAGCAAAUCCUUCAUACGUUGAUCUUCGGUUUGAAAAUUUUCAAUUCCUGUUUUCUCUAUAAUUAUGAAGGAAAAAAACUAACGUCCAUAUCUUUUUUCCGAAAUCGGCAACCCUGUGACUCCGGCGGCUUUUGCAAGGGCGGCUUGUCUAGACGAAGAUGAAGCUCAUUUGUUCGUUUCCACUACACUUUCAUAAAAAAAAACAAUUUUUCUCAGGUUAAUGCAAGAAUUUUUCAAGAGAAACUACGGAGAAAACGGCCUUUGGGGGCUUUUUAAAGUCAGAGGCAAAAAACUCGACCGGAGUAUGUUCAGCGCUUUUUUGAAAAUUCUAGCCGAUUCGCUCAGAUGGAAAUUGGAAGGACUGCUCCAAAAUUUUCCGAGACAUCAAGUUGAAGAAGAAGAAGAUUCGCCAGAGCAGUGCCAGGAUUGUCAGCUUGCAGACGUUUUGCUUCGAGAAGACGAAAAAGUUCUUGAAAAGAUUGAAUAUUCGUGUUGAAUGAAAUUUUUGUUGUCGCAUUUUUCACCAAACUUUUUUGUACCAUACAAACUAUUCAUGUUUCACCAGAGGGAGUAUACAUCUCAAAAACACGUUGACUUCCGGUCUCCGCAAGUCUGAAAUCGUCUUAGGGUGUGCAGUUCUGUCCCACUGUGUCUCACAACGGAUGCGCUGAAUCCGACGAGACUUCGUUCUUUGUUGAAAAUUUUGAAAAAUUUCAAAACUUUUUCAAUUCAUUAUUUGUUUUUUCCUCAUUAUUUUUUACAAUAACGUUUCUAAAGCUUGAAUAGUUUUUAACCGUUUUCUUGGUAUUAUAGGCGAACCGCUAUCUCAUUAAGAAGCGGAGAAAAACACAGACCUAAUUUCAACUUUUCGUGUCUUUAUUUGCAAAAUAAUAGUUGAAUCGCAUUAUUACAACAAUCUUUCAUACUUCUUAUUUCAUGAAAAAUUGUAUAUUCAAUAUUAGAUACUAUGUGUUUAUGUUCAUCCGAUCUUUUAUUUUUGCAGACCUAUUUCUAUAUUUUGAGGAUUAAACUUAUCUUAUUCAAAAUAUUGUAUUUAUUGUUUUUGUUCGCCAUUUAUUUUGAAAAUUCUUUUUACACUUGCUUUUAAAUAAAAUUUUAUUGCGCGGUGAAUCUUAGAAUAGCUCUGGAAAAACUUUUUUCAGAUAAAAAUGGGGAAGGAGCAGUUCAGAGAAGCCGACAUGGCUCUAAAAGUGUAAGUUUUAAGUUUCAUUUAAGAAAUAUGUUUGAAAUAGUGUCGGCGUCAAGUUUGCGCCCGGGGACUGCGAGUUCAUGAGACAGACGGCGCACGUUCCAGUUUUCAAUUUCAAGCUCUACGAUGACUCGUCGGGAAAGUUGUUGCCUGCGACCUUCGGCCCGCUUGAUAAUAGAAUGGUAGAAACUCCCCUUAUUGAAGUUCUUCUCAUCUAGAAAAAUUUAAGGGAGUUUCAACAAAGACGGGUACCUGCUCUACAUGUGGAUUUGGCCUGACGGAUUGUGUUGGUCACUUUGGAUACAUUGACUUGGAUUUUCCGGUCUUUCACAUUGGCUUUUUUAAGCUCGUGAUUCAGCUCCUUCAAUGUGUUUGCAAGGUUUUUUUUUAUGAUUUAAAUCUUUUUCUCACUGGGAGAAAGAAGCAAAAUUUGAGAAAAUAUGCUUUAAAGCACUCCACAUCCAAAAAAAAAAAUUUUUUUUUCGUUGUUUUUCGCCUUCUGGUCGAGUUCUGAAGUCCCAAAGUUUUUACUAUCCCAUGGAUGUUGAGAAAAUCAGGUUUUUAGUGCUUUAGAAGCGACCAAACUUAGAAAAGAUUUAGGGAGUUUGAGAAAUUGGUUUUAUUCCGAAUAAGGACUUUCCAAUUUAUUUUUCAGCUAAUUUUCAAACUCUUUGCUUUUGAGUAGCCUUCUCCAAGUUUUAUUUAUCAUUUUUCAGAACUGCUCUUCGAUUCUGAUGACAGCGGAUCAGCAUCGAAACUUUUCCAAGCAAGUUCAGAACCCAAAUCUCGACUAUUUGCACCGGAAAGCCUUGCACAAACGAAUUGUGGCCACUUGCAAGAAGACCAACAAUUGCCCGAAGUGCGGCAUGAAAAAUGGUUUUUUUCACUAUGAGAUUGAAAGAAAAUGAAGAAAAAAUACAGGAACCGUGAAAAAAGCUGUCGGAGCGGUUAUGAAGAUCGCGUUCCAGAGCACUGUCCCGCCGAGCGAUGUAAAAAUAUUGUUUUUUUUUUUCUAAAUAUUCCGUUUGCUUGAUUCAGAUGGGCCUCUACUCGACAAUGUGCUCGGCGAACGCCGAAAUCAGCAUGUUUAUUGGAAAAAUGAAGUUCACUCUUCUGAAUCCGCUUUUCGUCCAGAAACUCUUUUGCAAUAUCAAGGAGAAAGUGAGUUUUUCGUGAUUCAUGUGCGUUUCAUCUAUUUUUUUUUAGUAGUUUAGGAUUUUUUAGAGAAAUUUUAAAAUUUUUUAAAGAAAUUUCCUUUUACAGAACUCAAGUUGCUUUUUUUCACGUAUAAUAUUGUUCAGUUCAUCUCUGGAGAUGAAAAAUAUUAGAAUUUCUCAAGAGACUUGUCAUUUUUUUAGAGUGUAAGAUUUCGAGAAUUAUAAAUAAAACAGUAUUUUUUUCUCUUUUUUUGAAAAAAAUAAUUCCAUGUUUUUUAAACCCAAGGAGAAUAGGUAUCAACACAAAAAUAGGCAUUUCUUCUUAGGACUUCUCCGAAUUCUUCUCAAUUAUUUCGAUCACCUCAGAAAACUCUUCUUCUUUUGGACCUUUUUGAUCGAAUCAAGUUUUUUUUUUGCAGGACAUCCCGAUUUUGAUGGUCAGAUCAGACGAACAAAAGCAUCCGAAUGACUUGUUGCUAACUCGAAUCCCAGUACCUCCGGUCUGCAUCCGUCCUUCUGUCGUUUCGGGUUUUUUUUUUCAUUUGAAGAAAGAUUCUCAGAAAGUAACUUUCAGAAGUCAAAUCCGGGACCACGGAAGACGACAUAACGAUGAAACUCAUGGAGAUCAUGAUCAUCAACGACGUCCUCCGCAAACACAAAAGGGAUGGAGCUCCGGCCAAGACUCUCUUCGAGACAUGGGAACAUCUUCAGGUAAUAAUAAGACAUAUUCACUUAUUUAUUUUUAUUUUGGAAAAUUGAUCUAGUUGUACUUUUCAGAUCCAAUGUGCCCUUUAUAUCAACAGUGAGAUGUCCGGUUUGCCGCCCGAUAUGCAACCGAAAAAGGUCCCUUUUUCCUAAUAUUUGAAUCGAACAACAAAUGAAAUUCUAGACGAUUCGAGGCUUCACCCAGCGAUUGAAGGGAAAACAAGGCCGUUUCCGCGGAAAUUUGUCCGGAAAACGUGUGGAUUUCUCCGGAAGAACGGUUUGAGAAUCAUCUUAUUAUAAAGGAAUGAAUGUGGUUUCCAGGUCAUUUCACCAGAUCCGAACCUCCGAAUCGACCAAGUCGGCGUCCCGAUCCACGUCGCCAUGACCCUGACUUUCCCGGAGAUUGUGAACGCGACGAACAUCGAGAGGAUGAAGAAAUUGGUCGUCAAUGGCAGUGACGUGCAUCCCGGAGCCAACUAUCUUGUCGAUAAGAAGACGGGGAACAAGAGAUUACUCAAGUUUGUGCUUUCAAAUGGGAAAAAAAGGGGACGUAUGACUUUGCAAAAAAAUCCUUACAGUGUUUUAGUAAUGGAAAAAUUGCAUUAUAAACGUGUCUUUGAGAAGAAAAAUGAAGGAUUGUCCCGGAUUUUUUUAAUCGUAAUUUUUUUUUUCUAGUAGCUUUAUAAACUGAAAAAAAUAUUUGAUUUUUUGGUCCAUUCAACAACGAAUAUGUUUAUGAAACAGUUAUAAAGCUCUAAGAUAUGAUUUUUAGGACUUUUUUUAAAACUAAAUUUGAGACUUUUGAAGAGACCGAAAAAAAUUUUUUUUCAGUUUCUACAUAAUAGAGAAGUUUUUUUCAAGAACAUUUUAAAAAAAGAAAUCUUCUUUUGUUUUUCCAAUUUUUUUAACUCAGAAAAAUUUAAUUAAAAUAUUACAAUAACAAGUUUGAAGAUGGAGCGCAAACUUUUUAAGCUUUAGAUACAUGAUCAUUUUACAUUAUUUCUUAGAAGUUAGGUUUUUUGAAAUGGAUUGGGACCCGAAAAAACCAAAAAUCAGAAAAAAAAGCCAAUGAAACUUCUUAAAUUCAAAAAAGGUGUUGUAUAUGAAUGCACAGUAGUCUUGCAUUUUUUUGAAAUAACAUGGACAGCUACUUGAAAUUUUUUUCAAAUGCGAUAUGAAAAAAUUCCGAAAAUCUCAGCGACACCGUCUAUAUUUGACAACGGUAAACGUAUAGGUAUGGAAAACGGGAAGAACUUGCGGCAAACAUGCGGAUGGGCGAUAUCGUCGAGCGACAUCUCGACGACAACGACGUCGUUCUUUUCAACCGACAGCCGUCCCUCCACAAGAUUUCCAUCAUGAGCCAUCGCGCCAAAGUCAUGCCUGGCCGGACUUUUCGGUUAGUUUUGUUGAAAAAUGGAGAAAGAAUGAUUUUUUUUUCAGGUUCAAUGAGUGCGCCUGUACUCCGUAUAACGCUGAUUUUGACGGCGAUGAGAUGAAUCUUCAUCUGCCGCAGACUUAUGAGGCCAAAGGUUUUCGGAACUUUAUCUUCUGUGAAAAAUGAGAUUUUCCAGCCGAAGCUAGCGAAUUGAUGAACGUCAAGAAUAACUUGAUCACCCCUCGGUCCGGUGAACCCUUGAUUGCCGCCAUUCAGGUUGGUUUUCAAAAUAAAUUUUGAAAAAAUCCCUUUCUUUCUAACCUUCCCUUGAUAUAAAAAAAAAUAAGGAUAUGGUCAUUUUUCCAUGAUUUGAAAUAAAAUAAUAAAGAAUCAAUAAGUUUGAUUUGAAGGAGAGCUUUUUAUUUCCUUUUCUCAUAUGUUCCUCAAAAAGUUUAACAUCCUUCUUUUUACACGUUCUCAACUACCUCACAACACAAGAUUUUUGAAAUUGACAGAGAAAAAUCUCACAGAAAUAGCUUUGAAAAAAGUGAAAAGGCUAAAAAUUUCAAUUUAUGGUAUCCAAGAAAACUUCGGAUAUUGGUACAUUUUCAGAAGUUCCUUUUUUUUUCGUUGACUUUCCUCCUUUUUUGACCUUGAGAGAAGCUUCGCGAUCAUUUAUAAUCUGUUUUGAAAGCUUUCUGUGAUUUUAAAAGAGCAUGCAGGAUUUAAAAAAAGAAAUCGAGAUAGGAUCCGUUUCCUGUUUCAUUUCCAGUUGUGAAAGACUUGGAUUAUAAUAUUUUCAUUGAACACAGAAAGAUGACCAAGAAGGAUGAUAGGAUUGAAACAUUUGAAUUAAAAAACUCUCCUUCUGUGCAAAAUAAUCUUGACUUUCAGCUUACAGAACAAAUAGAAACAUUUAAACAAUAGUGAGAGUUGAUUUCAAUUUUUAAUGAAACUUUGAACCUGUAAAAUAGUGAAGCUUUCAUUUUCCCAGGACUUUAUCACCGGCGGCUACUUGUUGACCCACAAGGACACAUUUUUGCCCCGAAGCGAAGUUCACCGUUUCGCAGCCGCCUUGAUAGACGCCUCGGCCCGCAAGCAAACUCGCAUCAAAAUCCCGCCCCCGGCCAUACUGAAGCCAGUAGAACUGUGGACCGGGAAACAGCUCAUCGAACUGAUCAUCCGACCGGACAGCGGCUCCAAAAUCAACCUCAACCUGACGGCCAAAAACAAGAGCUAUUCCGGGAACUUGGAACUGUGUGAAAAGGUUUCGGAGAGAGAAUGGAAUUUUUGUUGAGGUAUUAUUCUUUCUCAGGACUCAUACGUGAUCAUUCGGAACAGCGUGCUCCUUUGCGGAGUUCUGGACAAGUCUUUGCUCGGCUCUUCCUCCAAGCAGAACAUUUUCUACAUGCUUCUGCGGGAUUAUGGAGAAGACGCCGCUGUGGAUGCCAUGUAUUUUUUUCAUUAUUUUUUUCUUGAUUGGAAUAUCUUCCUCAUGAACCUUUCUCCAUAAAAUCCCCCUCCAUUUGCAGAAAAAAAUUUUUAAAAAAAUUAAUUUUUUUGGUCAAAAAAAUUCAAUAGUAACGCUUCAAUAAAAUUUAAAUUUUAACUAACUUUUCAGUCAACAGCUCUUUCAGUUCCAAAAUAGCUAGUUUUCUUUUUUUAAAAAGUCAAAAAUUCUCACAAGCUUUAUCUCAUUUUUUUCAAGGUUCUUCUUAUUUUUGUAUUUUUUUGUUACUAUUUGUCUCCCUAGUUUUUUUCAAAGCUUUUUGGCCGCCGAAAAAGACUGCAGUUUUCCAAUUGAAUUGAUCCAAUCUUUAUUUCUUUUGCAGGUGGCGCCUUGCUCGUUUGGCUCCCGUUUUUCUGUCCAAUCGCGGUUUUUCAAUCGGCAUCGGUGAUGUACGGCCUAGCGAGCGUCUGCUGCAGGAGAAAGGGCAACUUGUUUCUACUGGUUUGUUUUGAAACUCGAACAAUCUAGUCUAUAUUUUUCAUUUUCGAGAUUAAUCUACAAAAUUAAUAUAUACAAAAAGCCAACAAUUAGCGUGAUUUAAGAAUCUAAAAGCUUCGAAAACCGAUUACCUACAACCCAAGAGGACUUGAGAGCCAUCUCGAGAUGUUAUUUAAGGAUUAUUUGGCUGAAAUAGCUGUAGGACACCUUCUAAAGACUACUCAUCCAGGGCGUUGAUUGAUCUUUCGAUAAUGAGAAUUUCGUGCUCAACAGGUUACGAAAAAUGUGCGACUUUCAUCGAUCAACUGGAAUCUGGAAAGCUGAAAGCACAGCCCGGCUGCACUGAAGAGGAAACUCUGGAAGCGCUCAUUUUGCGCGAACUUUCGUCGAUUCGAGACCACGCCGGACAAGUCUGCCUUCGGAAUUUGAGCAAGUUAGUGACGAAAACCACAUGAAUUUGUCAAUUUCUGAGAAGUUUUGAAAAUUUUGCGAUAGGUACUGGAAAAAAUCACAGCAAAGACCCCACAAAAAAAGAAGAAAAAGGCCAAACUAAUUUAUUCAUGUCCUUUUUUUUUUUAAAUUUCGGAGACUUCCGGAUUUCAAAGAUUUAAGUUUUGAAAAAACUCAAGGCACAAAUAAACUUGCCCCCUUGUCUCCAGGGUUUCCAAAAAAGGCUAUAGGAAACAUUUUUCUCAAAGUUUUCAUCAGAAGUUUUUUUUUCCAGGUACAAUGCUCCAUUGACCAUGGCCGUCUGUGGUUCAAAAGGCUCUUUCAUCAAUAUUUCCCAAAUGAUCGCUUGUGUCGGUCAACAGGCCAUUUCCGGCCAUCGACCUCCCGACGGCUUCGAAGUUAGUUUUCCAUGUUGAAGUCGGUUGCAAGUUUCAUCCUAGGAGCGAUCUUUACCGCAUUUUGAACGAAAGAAAAAGACGCCAGAAGCCAAGGGAUUCGUCGCCAAUAGCUUUUAUUCUGGUUUGACUCCAACCGAGUUCUUUUUCCACACCAUGGGAGGUCUUGCUCAUUUUCUGCUGUUUUUGAAUAUCUUCUUUUCAUUUUAGGACGCGAAGGUCUUGUCGAUACGGCUGUUAAAACGGCCGAAACUGGAUAUAUGCAACGGAGAUUGGUCAAAUGCCUUGAAGUGAACUUUUCCCCCUUUUUUACGUCGUUAAUCGAUGGAUUUUGAGGAUUUGUGCGCGAGUUAUGAUGGAACCGUUAGAUCUUCUGUUGGUGACGUCAUCGAGUUCAUUUUUGGGGAAGAUGGAUUAGGUAUUUUUGAAGUUUCUGCUAUAAAAGGGUGAAUAAAAAGUUUGAGAAUUUGAUAAAACUUUUCUGAGAUGUUUUCUAGAUCGCCCUGAACCUAAAUAAAGGAAAGAUUUAUUUCUUUGCGAUUUUUAAUCAAGUUGUGAGGCCUUAAGAACCCCAAAAUUCCUUUUUUCUUCACGAAAACCGUAAAACUUGAAACUUGAGGCAUUCUUGCUUGAUUGAAAGAAGAAAUAAUGAAAUUUCUAUUUUUUCUAGAUUCAAGGUGCUCUAAAUAAUGUUCUAGUAAUGCUUUGAAAAGGCUUUUAAACGUUAUUUUUUCUCUAUUUUUUUCUCACUGAACUUCUCCAGAUCCUUCCUUGAUGGAAGCCAAAGACGGAAGUGUCGUUGACUUCGGCCAUGUCAUGGAGCACGCCACGAACACGGCUGCCCCUUCGGAACCUUUGGAACUUGAGGAAUUUGAAGUUUGUGAAAUAUUUUGUUCGACCCGGACUUUUUUUGAACAAGCUUCAAAAAUGUUUUUUUUUUUUACAAAAAAAUGAAGUAUUUUGAGCUCUCAAUAAAAUAACCCUUUUCCAGUCGAUUGGAUCAAAAACGGUCGCCGAAGUUUUCCACGGCGAGCAUCAACAUUUCGCGAAAACCGUCAAGAAAUAUUUGGAGAAGGAACUUCAGAAAAGCAAGCAACACAUCCUUCUGCCGACUUCUUGCUCCGAUCACAAAAUGUAAUUUUUUGGCGAUCUUCCAAAAAAACUGAUUUAUUUCAGUGAAAACUUGAAGUGUUCGGCAUGUAAAAGUGCGGUUUCCUAUCGGUUUGCCUCAUUUUUUAGGGUCCAUUCAAUUUCAUUCUCAGAGAUUUGUUCGUGAAAAAUGUGUGUUUGACGCGGUCCAGAGUCGAGCUUUUCGUGAAAUUGUGCGCCGAAAAAGUUCGAAGAGCAGUUACCGAGCCUGGAACUGCCGUUGGAGCUGUAGCGGCUACUAGUAUUGGUGGGUUUUAUUGAAAAAAAAACAGAUUGAACCAUUUUUUGGGGGUUUUUUUUUAGGAACAUUUUCGGUUGCUGAUAAAUAGAGUCACUUUUUUUUGCAUCUUUUUGAAGUUUUGGAGGUCCUUUUAUUCAAAUUUCUCGUUCUUAAAAGAAAAUUCGGUUGAAAAAAUAUUAAGGUUAGUGAAAUCUAGAAAAUUUAUGAAACUCUGCUAUUCAUUUAUUCCUUUUUGAACCUGAUAAGUUGAAACAUUGGAAUAGUUAAAAUAGAGAAUAUACGAACCCAGAUACUAGCUUUUUAUGACUUUUUUGGUUCAUAAGAUAAUUUUUAAAAGAAGAGUCGGAAUCAAUUGAAAUUAAGGUUGAUAAAAUCGAAACUGAGCGAUGAAAAAAUUAGCAAAGUUCAACCAUUUUUGGCACCGGAAGCUUAGAAAACUUUAAGAAACGAAAAUUUCAAGGUUUGAGUUGAAAAAUCAAUCAAAUUCACUCAACUGUUUCACCGGAACCAUUUGGAAAAAAAGUCAACUUCCAAAGUUUCUUUAACAUAAGAUCAGCAACUUUAGUGAAUAAAUUGAAUUUGUCUUACUAGGGAACGUUUUUUACCCCCCGGUUGAACUUUUGCUGAAACUUUGCCGAAGUUUACUUUAGGACCCCCUGAUUCCAGAACAGGAAGAAAAUUUCUCGCAAUAGAUCUCGUUUUCGAGUUAGGACACUUUAAAAGCCCGAAACAGCGCUUUUUUGGCCUAAUUAGCGUAUUUUGCACACUUUGAAGCUCCAUAACUCGGAAACAAGAUCUAUUGCGAGAAAUUUUCUUCUUGAUCUGCAAUCAGGGGGUCUCAAAGUACACUUCAGCAAAGUUUCAGCAAAAGUUCAACCGGGGGGUAAAAAACGUUCCCUGGUUAGUUUCUUGCCUAUUCAGGAGAACCCUCAACGCAAAUGACCCUGAAGACUUUCCAUUUUGCCGGAGUCGCUUCCAUGAACAUCACCCAAGGAGUUCCCCGCAUCAAGGAAAUUAUCAACGCCGUCAAAACUGUAAGACUAAACAUGAUUUUUGCAAAAUAAUUAUCUUUUUUUUGACAGAUUUCCACGCCGAUCAUCACUGCGACGCUCCUCGACCAAACAGAUGAGAAAUUGGCACGGAGAGUGAAGGCGAGGAUCGAGAAAACGACCCUCGGUUUGUUUUGAACAUACAUGGGCUAACCAACUACUUUUUGUGACGUCAUCACGUACCCCCCUUGAAAAAGUACGUACUCCCCUUGAAAAAGUACGUACCCCCCCGCGGAUGACUAUCAAUGUGAAAUGAUUAUUAAAGUUGAUAUAAAAAAAUUGAAUGAGACUAUUAUCUUGUUUCGCGGGCUUUCGGAAGUAUAUUCAGCUAGGUUUCAAUACUCCAAAAACAGAAAUAUUUCAACUUUUAGCGUAGACCCCCAAAAAUCCGAAAAAUCGAUCUGUUUUCAUUGUUAUCCUACAUUAUAAAUUGAGUUUUAUGAUCUGGCCAAGUUUCAAGCCGUUGGGAUGAGUUUUAAGAAAAAAAUAAUGUUUUGGGUCACCGGAAAAUGAUGUUUUGAAAUUUUAAUUUUUUUUGCUCAAAAUCACUAUCAACCUUGAGUUAACCCUGAAUAAGGUAUAUGCUUCAAGUUUCCAGGCUUCCGGACGUUUUUUUGACCAAGUUACAGUGUUUCAAAGCGUUAUCACUUGACGGUUUGCGUACCCCCCAAAAAAUCCGAAAAAUCGAUCUGUUUUUCAAUGUUAUUUUUACAUUAUAAAUUGAGUUUUAUGAUUUGGCAGAGUUUCAAGCCGUUGGGAUGAGUUUUAAGAAAAAUAAUUUUUUGGGUCACCGGAAAUUGAUAUUUUGAAAUUUUGAAUUAUUUGGCCCCAAAACGUUAUAAACCUUGAGUUAACCCUAAAUAAGGUAUAUGCUACAAGUUUCCAGGCUUCCGGACGUUUUUUGACCAAGUUACAGUGGUUCCCGACCGCGGCGCAUGGUGGCAAAAUUUACGCUCCGCUUUCACUGUGUUAACGCCGUGAGGAUGAGUUGAAAAAAAAAAUGAGCGUUAGGGUGAAAUUUUCUCUAAAUCAAAUAUGUUGUAGAGCACGAUUUUUGGAAUUUUUAAAAAAAAAACUGAAUAUCAUCACUCGAGCCGUUUUCGAGAUACGGUGGCUCAAAGAAGUACGGUAGACCCCUUCGAAAAUCUAUAUCUUGACCAAAAUUCGACGAAACUCAACCAAAGUUUGUAAUAAGGUGCAAUAUAAUUUUAUUCAAUUUUUAAAAAUCUAUCACUUCAUUAUUGCUUAUUAUUGCUCAUAUUAGAGAGUUUUUCUCAAAAAAAUCAAAACCAGUAUAUGACGUUGCGGUCCGGCGUUUUGUAUUGUUGCUAUCGAAACCACAAAAAAAAAUACUCUAUCUACUGAGCAAAACAUGAAUUAGGCGAGUUUUCCAUCUACGACCCCAAAACUCCAGAAACCUGUAAUUUUGGGUAAGAUUACCGAAUAACUUUUUUAUCUCGUGUUUUUUUGGAUUGAAACUAGCGAAAUCGAGAUCAGCAUGCAUUCUUACAUCUACUAGGUCAUUUCUCAAAACGAAACAAGGGAAAAAAUCGAAAUUUCAAAACAUCAUUUUCCGGUGACCCAAAACAUUAUUUUUCUUAAAACUCAUCCCAACGGCUUGAAACUUGGCCAGAUCAUAAAACUCAAUUUAUAAUGUAAAAUAACAUUGAAAAACAGAUCGAUUUUUCGGAUUUUGGGGGGUACGCAAACCGUCAAGUGAUAACGCUUUGAAACACUGUAACUUGGUCAAAAAACGUCCGGAAGCCUGGAAACUUGUAGCAUAUACCUUAUUUAGUGUUAACUCAAGGUUGAUAAUGAUUUUGAGCCAAAAAAUUGUAGAUUUCCAGAAAUCAUUUUCUUAUGGGGUCAGAAGUUGAUUAUUUUUUUCAAUUUUCCAAACGGCUUAAAAUUUGAUGAGCAUGUAUAUAUCAUCCAUUGGUACCAUUUAAACUAGAAUUCAGGUCGAUUAAUCAGCUCUGGAAUUUUUUAUAAGGCUAUUUCUACGAUUCCUCUCGAUUUUUUCUACCGUUUGGAGCUAGGCAAAAAGAUAGGCAACGAAUUUCCCACUAAAUGUACUUUAAAAAAGCUCGAUAAAUAAUAUGGAUGCAUUUUUCCGCGGCUUAGAAAGCCAUCUGAAUGAAUAGGGGGGCCCGAAAGUGAAAAACAGCCUGUUAGCCCACGUAUGGUUUUGAAACAGUAUUCUAGGUUAAACUUUUUUUAAAAAAAUAAAACUGCCAGUUUCUGAUAGUUUUCCACAUUUCCCUCUAGACUUGUACCAUUUUUUGCAGACCCGCUUGUUAGAUUUUAAAAAAAAGAGUUAUCUUUGCAGGCGAAAUCUGCGACUACAUUGAGGAGGUCUACUUGCCCGACGAUUAUUUCCUUUUGGUAAAACUUAACGCCAAAAGAAUCCGGCUUUUGCAACUAGAGGUAUAUCUUUUCAUAGAGAAUCGUGCAGAAAGUGUUUUCAAUACUUUCGAAUACUUAUAGGAGAAUUAGAAUUUAGGUUUCAAAAAGAUAUAUCGUUUUUUAAGCUUAGAUUCAAGGUAGAAACCAAAAAAAAAAGGAUAGCCUUCUGAAGGCCGAAAAUUGGCUAAAAUCAAUUUUAGGAGCUUGAGAAGUGAUAACCCGGAAUGUUUGAAGUUUUCAAUUUUUUUUUAAAGCACUUUGAAAAAUCAAAGUAAGUGAGUAAAGUAAAUCACUUUGAAAGCGCAAAAACAUCUUGAGUUUUUCUCACAGUUUUCUGAAAAUGUAGAGCGCCCAAUAAUCUUAACGCUUACUAUGUUUGAAAAAAAAGAAAUUUCGUUUUUCAGGUAACUUUGGAGUCGAUCGCCUACGCUGUGCUCGCUUCAAAAGCGAUUCCGGCGAAAAAAGGCGCCCAUGUGAGAUUCUCAAGCUGUUCCGACUGACAAUAGUAAUUUUUCAGGUGACCACUCACGGUAAGACAAUGAUGAUCAUCCGGCCGGGAAAAGUCAGCAAGUUGAGUCGAACGAUGACCAUGCAGGCGUUGAAAUACGCCGUUGGAAACGUUGUUAUCAAAGGUAAAAAUUAGAAGUCACUCUGGGCUUAGGUCAUUUUAGCGUAGAACUCGGAGUUUUUCGUGAAUUCCUUCUGAAAGUCUAGGUCUAGGUCUAUAUUAAGGUUUCUAAUAAUCGCUAUAUCCCUUCCGCCGCUACUUGAAUGUUUUUGAGUGUCUGUGUCGUGCUGUUCUCUUAUCGGCGAGGUCCGAGAAACAUGAAAAUAGCAGGUCACCAAUAGAGAGUCGUUUAGAGACAAGGAGGGCAUAGAGAAGUCUCCCAACUCUGUAAACACGUAAAAUAGACUGUACCUCCGAAUCCAUUUUCGAAACGGCCAUUCAUUGGUCUUAUGCCUGAUUUUGUUUAAUGCAAGCUUUAAAAAAUGCCAUCAAAGCUUUGAAAAGUUUGCGCAGUUAGCAAAUAUUAUGAAUUUAAAUCUAGAAAAGAGAAUUUGAGACGAAAAACAGAGCCACAAAGUAAAAAUCACUAGCCGUAUGAGGAGAAAAAGAAAAAGUCUCAUGAAGCUUCGUGAACGGCUCAAGAUACGUUCUACUCAGUAAAUAAGAACGAACUUUUGAAAUUUUUAUUGUUUUUGCAACUGCUUAUUUCACAAAUUUCUUUCGAAUUAUAGAAGUUCGAAAGGCUGAUGGCAUUAUUUGCUAGAAAACUUCUAAAUCCUAAAAAAAAACUGGAAAGUAAACUGGAAAAAAAUUACCCUAACGCUCAUUUUUUUUUUCCAGCACAGCCUAAACCCAAAUGGCGCAGAACAAGUCUGCGCCUAAGCCUGAUAGCGUUUGAAAAAAAUCUCAGAGAAGUUUUUUUAUAAGUUUUUGAAAGACAGGAUCGGUGUUAGCGGAUUUAUAUAAAUGUUUAUUAAAAAAAUAACUAAUCGGAAAAAAAUUAAUUUUUUUAAGGAAAGUUGGAAAUGGAAUUUAAUGUUUUUUCUUCAUUAAUUUUGAUUUUUUUCAGGUGUUUCAUCGGUAAAUCGUUGCGUGAUCCAUGCGGACGAGAAGAAAGGCGACAGUUAUUCGUUGCUCGUCGAGGGGACUGAUUUCCGUUCGGUUUUGUCUUCGGUAAGUCUUUUUUUUUUAAUUUUAUUUGUAAAAAAAAAAUCAAAACUUUUCAUUUUUCGAACACAAGCACUCGAGAUAAAUGUAGGGAAAUGUAGAAAAUACGAUUUUAAAGAAUUAAGAAAAGGUAGAAAAACUGUACUUAUACCUUUUUCCCUCUUCUCUGAUUUUUGUAAUUUUUCUGCCUUUUAAUUUUAGUGAAAGUUUCGAAAAUUUCACGUUUUUCUCUCUGUCUUUGUUCUAAAAUUUCAAGUAGAACAAGAAAAUAGAAGUAAGAUCGCCAUUUUGUAUUUCAGGUUGGUGUUGAUCCAAGGAAAACUCACUUCAACAAUGCGCUCACCGUCGCUGAGGUAUUGAAAAGUCAGAGGACCAUAACAUAUAGGAUAAUAUUUCCAGGUUCUCGGCAUUGAAGCUGCAAGAACCUGCAUCAUCAACGAGAUCAUCGCGACGAUGGAAGCUCACGGAAUCGGCCUCGAUCGACGUCACGUCAUGCUCCUCGCUGACGUCAUGACCUACAGGUUUGAGCUCCUUUUUCAGAGAUGAGAAGGGUUUUCUGGACCUUUUUUUGUGCAGAAAAUAUCAAAUUUUGCAGAUGUUUUGAAAGAGAAUCCAUGUAUUCGGCUCUUGAUGGAAUGGAGAGGGUAAAAUUGAAAAUGCCGAAAGAUAAGUACGGCCUGGAGAGACGGUAGAGAAAUAGAGGCACAUAUAUUUCUGGCGUCUCUUCAGAUUUCGCUGCUCUCUUGUUUUUGCUUUUUUGAGCCCUAUUCUUGAACUCAUGAACUUUAUCAAAAAGUUACAAUUUAUGCAUGGCUUGAAAAAAAUCUUGACUUUAUACAUUUUUCGAGCCCAUGAUCUUGAACUAGAAUUUUUUCUGACGUCUCUCAUGUCACCGUUGCUCUCUUCUUUCCAACAUUUUUCAAAGUUUUUUUUUCAGAGGCGAAGUGCUGGGAAUCACGCGAAACGGUCUGGUGAAAAUGAAAGACUCGGUUCUCCUUUUGGCGUCUUUCGAAAGAACUAUGGACCAUUUGUUCGAGGCAGCCUUCUUCUCACAACGCGACGUGGUUCGUUUCCUUCUAAAUCGCGUUUCAGACUCUUCGAAAUUGAAAGAAUUAAAGUUAUAACGAUUUUUUCCAGAUCCACGGAGUUUCGGAAUGCAUCAUUUUGGGCACCCCGAUCACCAUUGGAACCGGAAUGUUCAAGCUCCUUCAAAAACACGAGGAAAAGUUGGUUUGCAAGCCUCGAGAGCCGAUUUUCCUCACCCCGAAGUACGGCCUCUCACUGUGA